AUGCUUUGGGCUUGGAACAUGUUUUUAGCAGCAGCUCCAUACUUCCAGCUCCGAUUCGCAUCCAACACUUGGAUCAUGACCAAUUUCCAAUCCUGUAUCCUAUCCGUCUCCUGCGUCACCAAUCUAUUGUCAGUUCUUAUCCUAGCAAAAUUGCAGAAAAAUGCAUCGUAUUCUCAUCGCGUAAUUUUCUCCCUUAUUCUUAACAUCACGAUUUGUACCUUGCUAGCGAUCUCUGCCAUUCUAUUCCGGGACGUCUCCAUCCCUCUCUACUUCGCAUUCCUACUCUUCAUGGUGCUUGGUGCCAGUCUUGCAACCGGAUUCAACCAGAAUGGGAUGUUCGCUUAUGCCUCCGGAUUUGGGAGGACCGAAUAUACACAAGCUCUUAUGGCAGGGCAGGGCGUAGCCGGUGUUUUGCCCUGUAUCGUCCAAAUUGUUUCCGUACUCGCCGUACCCGAGCAGAGUGAAAACUAUCUGUCAUCGCAUUCUUCUCUUUCGUUUACCUUCUCCGCCGACGAAGGAAAUCAUUAUCUCUCACCCUUAAAACCGCCACCACUCUCGGACCCGACGACGAGGAACUCGAAAUCCACCAUCACCGCCCAACCCAAAAUAUCACUACCACUCUGGAUCCUUCUUCCAAAAACUCCGGUUGGAUGGCGCCUAGCCCGUCUUCCUCGCUGUUUUACCGUCACAAUGGCCUACCCGGUCUUCACAAACCAGAUCCAGAGCGUCAGAAACUCCAACUCCACCUCAGAUGGAAGCCAGCAUAUUCCCCGACUAUUCCAGCCAACCAUUUUCAUCCCCGUAGCCCUCCUAUUCUGGAACUCUGGCGACCUGGUCGGCCGACUCAUCAUCCUGAUCCCUCAAAUAAGUCUAACACACCGGCCAUUCCUACUCUUCCUCCUCUCUAUAGCACGCUUCAUCUUCAUUCCCCUCUACAUGACCUGCAAUGUAAACGGACGCGGCGCCUGGAUAGACAGCGAUAUUUUCUACCUAGUUAUCGUGCAGUUUCUUUUUGGCAUGUCCAACGGGUAUAUUGGUGGAGCGUGUAUGACGGGUGCGGCUGAGUGGGUGGCUGUUGAGGAACGAGAGGCUGCGGGCGGGUUUAUGGGCUUUAUGCUUGUCGCUGGGUUGACCUCGGGGAGUUUCCUGAGUUUUUUGCUUGCUAGUUAG